AUGUUAGCUCAAUUUGACCCAAUCAUCCAAGAACAUGUUAGAUGUGUUACAACUCAAAAAGUUCAUAUUCAUUAUCUUGGGCGUAACAUACAGAAUGAGUUGAUUUCAUUGCUUGGUUCUGCGAUUAAAAUUGAAAUCAUUAGAAAAAUCAAACAGGAAAAGUAUUUUUCAAUGAUACUUGAUUGUACUCCUGAUGUUAGUCACCAAGAGCAGAUAUCUUUGAUAAUAAGAUAUGUGGAUAUUUCUUCAGCUUCUGUUAGUAUUGAGGAAUCAUUUUUAGGAUUCUUGAAUGUGAAUGAUACAAGUGGUCAGGGGCUUUUUGAUGUUUUACAAAAUGAAUUGAAAGAACUUGGUCUCGACCUAUUUGACGUGAGAGGGCAAGGUUAUGAUAAUGGGUCCAAUAUGAAAGGAAAACACCAAGGUGUGCAAAAGAGAUUUUUAGACAUAAAUCCGAGAGCCUUUUAUACUCCCUGUGGUUGUCAUAGUCUUAAUUUGGCAUUGUGUGAUAUGGCUAACUCUUGUAUUAAAGCUAGGAAUUUUUUUGGAGUUGUUCAACGCAUUUAUACAAUUUUUGCCAAUUCUACUAAGAGAUGGCAAUUUUUGAAAGAUAAUGUAAAAGGGUUGACUCCAAAAUCAUUGUCAUCCACUCGUUUGGAGAGUUGUGUAGAAAGUGUCAAAGCUAUAAGAACUCAAAUGUUAGAAUUUACAGAAGCUUUGCUUGAAGUGUCAGAAAAUGAUCUUGAUCCUAAAAUACAAAAUGAAGCUAAAUCCUUAGCAACAAAUGAGCUUGUAUCUGCAAUUAAUUCUGUUCGCAAACUUUUACAGGAAAAGGAUAUGCUUAUUGAUGUUGCUAUGCAAAAAAUUAAGGGGUUGAUUUCGUAUUUUGAGGGAUAUAGAGAAACAGGUCUUUAUAAGGUAUUGAUUAACGCUAAGGAAAUUGCGGUGGAAUUGAAUAUUUCCCCAAUAUUUCCUCAAAGGUGUAUAAUUAAAAGAAAAAGGCAAUUUGAUGAGAAUUUGAAUAUCCCAUCAGUCGAGCUAUCAGAAGAAGAAUCAUUCAGGGUUAAUUAUUUUCUUUACCUUGUUGAUCAAGCUGUUGUUUCUCUUAAUAAGAGGUUUGAGCAAUACCAAGAGUAUGAAAGUAUUUUUGGUUUCUUGUUUACUUCUCACAAGUUACAAUCAUUAGAUGAUGCAGCUUUGUAG